AUGACAACAGCUUCCGCGAGAACCCUAAUCCCACGAAACGGGUUGGACCUUUCAGCAAGAUGCAUUUCCCAGUCGCAUAAGCUCAGCUUCGACACCUCGACCCCUGCGAUAGAGUCGCGUCCAGAUUAUUCAUCUCCCGACGCACAUCUCGCGGAUUUGCUACGGGCGGUCCAGUCGCAGGAUACAACCCAGAUAUUGGAGAGUGUCAAAGGCCUAGCACGUCACCCACGGGCCAUUGAGGCGGCAGACACGUUGCAAAAGCUAUCACCGACUACAUUUUCGGAAAUUGUGCGCUCUCUGGACCCCUCUCGCGUCGGCCCUCGCAGCGAUGCGACUCACGGUCUGCGAAUCGAGAAUGGACUUGGCCAGUACAGCUCUCUUGCUUCGGUUGCCGAUCGAUUUGGUGUUCCCAAAAUCUACAAAGAUACCUUCCAGUCAUUGCGUACUCUAUUCGGUCUAAGAUCCCAUCAUGGCAAUGAGCCCUCUCGACUCGACUAUGUCGUUCUCCUCAGAUGCGCCGGUGCUGCAUCCGACGUCCAGGCUGCAAAAGAACUUUGGUAUAUGACCAAGGGGGAGGAUAAUGGCCAUCACAGGAAUGGCCAGGACUAUACCGAAUACUUCAAGACUCGAUUUCUCACAGAUCCAGCCUAUUCGCACAAUGAUAAGGCCAGACUUCGAGUGCGACCCCGUAAUUUACAUGGCCGUAGGAAGAAGUUCAAAGACACCCGGAUCUUAUGGCCCCUCGAAAAACUGAGGCUCAACCGCUUUGCCAACGGGAGGUUCACCUACGGCCGUGCUAGUUGGGAGCCAACUCAUGACUUACAUCGCCUCCUCAGCUUGCCCGCGCCUGUGGAACGACUGAAUGCUUCCACCCGCAAAAAGCACAAAGUAGUGGACGAAGAGUUCUACUGUGCGUACCUAGUCGCCUGCGCACGCGCAGGCUCUGUCAGGGAGAUGACUCGAAUUCUCUAUAAAGUAUGGGGCAUCUUGACUACGGACAGAGAUCAUCGAGCAGCAUCAAUCGUCAGUGCCAAGAGGGCGGACAGUAUCAGGCGAACACCGACUCCAACACAGCCUUUGAUCGACGCUAUCGUGCAGUCUUUCGGUUGCACUGGCCAUGUCAUUAUAGCCAAAAAGCUGAUCGAGUAUAUCUCUACAGAAUGGGGGAUCCCCAUAUCGCCAAAUACCUGGUCCUCACUCCUUGAGUGGACCUACUUGAUGUCUUCCAGACCGGUCGUUCAAGAGUAUAAGGCUAUUGGCGACAAAAACAGGGUCGUCCGUGCGAACGACGUGUUGGCUGUAUGGGACGCCAUGACGGUCAAACCCCACCUUGGUUCUCGUGACGUUGACCUUUACACUAGGACGCUGGUUGCUUCUGGCAGGCUAAAUGAAGCAUGGGACUCCUUAAGGCGUACCUGCGCCGACUACGACUUACUAUGCAAAGAUGUCGAAGCAGCUCUAUUUGAGACCCUUUUCCCAUCGCCACCGCCAGCUUCAAUUUCUCGACACCAUCGGCUAAAAGCUCAGCAACACAUGUCCUGGUACUCCAUCCAACGCCUGUGCCAGCAAUGGUUGCGAGAGGCCAGCGUUCGCUUAAGCCGCGAGCCCUCGCUGGGAUCCCAGAUCAUUCCUGACUUUGUCAACGAUUUCCGCCGUUUUCUCCCUGAUCCAAUAACGUACUCGACGUAUGGAGGGACUGUAAGGAUCUUGAACCAAGACAUCGCCGCGCCCAGGGUCAGAUAUGUGAAGCAGAUUAUCCGCUCUGAGCCAACCCGGAGACUUGCUCCCGAUCCAAGCCGGCCAAAGUUUUCUAAACCAGAGGGCGCUGGGGAGGACGCAGAGUCUGUACCUAUCGUAACUGAGUCGGGCGACCCGGUGUAUGAAAGCAUGGCAAUUACCCUCAGACGAUCAACUCGGCGAAUGGUCCGGCAACGAAGGGAGGUCAGAUUUGGAGAGCAAGAGAGGCGUCUACGAUUUCUUGGCAAGGCGGCCACUCAGGGGGCCGUGAACGAAAAAGAGGCCUUUGGUACUGGCGAAGCUCUGAAAUCGCCAUCGUUGCCACAGGCCGGCGUCAUGUAUCGAAAGAGGGUUUUGAAGGCCUUGAUAUGGUAG